AUGGCACUUCCCUCCUUAGCCAGCGUCAAGCCCAGCAUUCCCCAUUCACAGGGCCAUACUCACUCGGUUUUCAAACCAAAGGACACGUCAGCCGCUCCGUCGAAGGUAGGAGCGAAGUCAAAAGGCGGACCAUCUGCUGCGAAGCCCUUGCCGUUUUGGGCAAAGGCCAGGGUCGGAGGCAAGACCACAGAGGCAUCCCUGCCUGACAAGAAGGUGAAGGACAGCAGUUCUGCUCCUAUUCGGAAGACGUUUGUGCCCGGCUCAGGCACCCAAAUUAGAUCCAAAUUCGGAGGAACCCAGCAGCCCAUCAAGCACCAAGCGGGGCAGAUUGUCACGACGGGUGAAAAGAGGGCAAAUGGCCAAAUAAGUGGCGAGCGUACCAAGACGUCGAAUAGCUCCCCUGCAGAUGGAACACCAAAGCUUAAGAAGAAGAAACUGGAGGACCCUAUGGAGUUUGUCUCUCCGGCAGUGUCUAAAGCAUCGCAGACGCAACCAGUUGGUACUAUGCCCCACUUCAACACGGCCACGGAGCUUGCAGAGUUCAUCUUCAAGCCCGACGCCGAGAACGGGGUACUCCCUCGCCACACCAAACUACGGGUAUGCAGCAUCUUAACCGUCCCGGGUGUCACAAUGGACGUGUAUCUCAACCGUCUUGCUUCCUCCCCCGAGUUCAAGACUGUCACACAAAAGGCCUUGAAGAUCUUCAGGGGACAACUGCCCAUCGAUGAGAUUACUGUUAUCGCAUUCAUCAUCGCGAACCCCGAGAGACUUAACAAACGUCAGGAUGACUGCCCCGAGGCAGACAUCUGGUACAAAGCACAGCUUCAGAUGGGCCUGGAAGCCGACGAGAUCCGUUCAUGGGAGAACAACCCCAUUUUCAGGGCAUACCGCCGCGUCCUUCGGUACUUGCAGCAAUGCGGCACUGGUCGUCUUCGCUAUGAGCCAGAGUUAGGACUUGGUCUUCUCCAAGACGCGCGGGAGAUCAGUCGAAUGCCCGCAAAGGAGGCAUGCGAGACAACGGAUAUGACCACGAAUGCGGCAGAGAAGCAAGUCCGAGGUCCUCCUCUGGGAUUCCCAGGAACAUCAGACAGCCGAGUUGAGAUGCCUGAGUACAUCAGAGACCAGGAUGUUCUAGGAGCUAAGGUGGAUAAGGCAGCGACUCACGACAUUCAGUCUCAAACUCAGAAACCUCUAUGA